CGCUGUGGAUAUAAGAUGAUCGUACAGAUUUAAACUAAAUUACAUUGCGCAUUCGGUUUGUUUGGCUAGAUCACGGUGUAAAAGGUUAGACCCUUGAGACAUAAAGAUGGAGGCAAAGGAGCAAAAGCACCAUCAGCAUAAGCAUAGUGGGCCUAAAGCAGAGAAAAGGAAGAAGAGGAAGCAAAAGGACGAGGGUGUUGGACAGGAGCAGGAUGAACGCAAGAGGAAUCCAAAAGCGUUUGCUGUUCGUUCAGCUGUACGCAUGGCCAGGACCUUCCACAGGACACAAGACAUAAAAACUAGGAAGCAUCACAUACCUUUAGUGGAUCGCACUCCUUUGGAACCUCCUCCUGUCGUAGUGGUUGUAAUGGGGCCUCCAAAAGUGGGCAAGAGCACCCUAAUCCGCUGUCUGAUCAAAAAUUACACACGGCAGAAGCUUUCAGACAUCUCUGGCCCUGUAACUAUAGUGUCUGCAAAGAAACGGCGUCUGACCUUCAUUGAGUGCAACAACGACAUCAAUACCAUGAUUGAUUUAGCAAAGGUUGCUGAUCUGGUCCUAAUGCUGAUAGAUGCCAGUUUUGGCUUUGAGAUGGAGACUUUCGAGUUCCUGAACAUCUUGCAGGUCCAUGGCUUCCCUCGGGUAAUGGGAGUUCUGACACAUUUAGACUCCUUUAAAAACAACAAAUCGCUUAAUAAGACCAAGAAACGGCUGAAACAUCGCUUCUGGACCGAAGUCUACCAGGGAGCUAAGCUGUUUUACUUGUCUGGGAUGGUGUAUGGGGAGUACCAGACACAGGAAGUAAAGAACCUUGGACGAUUUAUUUCAGUCAUGAAGUUCAGACCCCUUGUGUGGCAAACCUCUCACCCUUAUGUGGUGGCAGACCGGAUGGAGGAUCUGACUGAUCCAGAAGCUGUUAGGUUAGAUCCUAAAUGUGACAGAACCGUGUCUUUGUAUGGAUACCUGCGUGGAACAUUCUUGAAGAACAAAGGCCAAGUUCAUAUUCCAGGUGUAGGUGACUACUCUGUAUCCGACAUCAGCUUCCUGCCUGACCCCUGUCCGCUGCCAGAGACACAAAAGAAGAGGGCUUUGAAUGAAAAGGAAAAGCUGCUGUAUGCUCCAAUGGCUGGGGUUGGAGGAGUGGUUUAUGACAAAGAUGCAGUGUACAUUGAUAUGCCUGGUGGCCAUGUCAAGCAAGACCAGGAUGAGGUGCGUCCUUCUACUGAGCUGGUACAGUCUCUCAUGGGGACACUCACUACUCUGGAUUCCAAGUUAGAUGCCAGCAAGGUCUCAUUGUUUUCUGGAACUGCAGCACUGGCUCCAGAGGACAUCCAGGAGAAUUUUGAGAUGAAAGGCCCUGUGGAGAGCCGGGUGUGGGACCCUGAGACUCAGAGAGAGCGGAGGAAAGCUGUCUUCACUGAUGAAGAAGGAAACAAUAUUGAGGGAAGUGAUAACGAGGAGUUAGAGGAUGACGAAGGGGAAGAAAACGAGGAUGAUGAUGAGGGUGAAGAAAGCAAGGAUGAUGAUGAAAUUGAAGAGGAGGAGGAGGAUGAAGAUGAUGAUGAGAGUGAAGAGGAGGAUGAGGAUGACAACAAUCACAUUAAAGAGGACAAGAAGAAACCAGUAAAGGAGGCAGCACCUCCCAUAAAGAGACAAAAGCUAGAAGAGAAUGGGGGAACCAAGAAGGUGACUGUGGAGAUGCCUACAUUUGCUGACAGUGAUGAUGACCUAGAAAACAGUGAGGAAGAAGAUGAAGAAGAAGAUUCAGAUCAAGAUGAUGAUGAUGAUGAUGAGCAGGAUGAAAUGGAGCAAGAUGAGGGAGUAAAGGAGACUAAGAAAGCAGGCUCAGCACCUACAGACUCUGGUCACUGUUCUGUGGAGAAUAGUGAGGAGGAUGAUGAUGAUGAGGAGGAGGAGGAUGAAAAUGAUGAGGAUGAUGAAGAUGACAAAGACGACGAUGAUGAUGAGGAAGAGGAAGAUAAUAUGCAGGAGAGUGAAAAUGUGAACUACGUAAAAGAGAAAGCAAAGCUGAACAACCCUAGUGCUAAAGAGGAGGAAAAGAUGGAUGAUGAAGAGGAUGGAGUGCUGGGGUUUGAAAAUUUUGGAUCCCUCCGCUGGAAGGAAGAUUUGGCUCAGAAAGCCAGGGAAGCGUAUCUGAGACGACAGCGUGCAGCCCCUAACCUGCGCAAGCUGGUGUAUGGUACAGUGGUGAAGGAGGAAGAGGAAGGAAACAGUGAAGAGGAGGAGCUGGGUGGUCUGUUCAGAGUUAGUCGGCCAGAAAAGAGUAAGAAAGUACGAGCUGAUGCUGUAGACUGCUCACGCUUUAAGCCGGAUGCAAGCCAUGAUUGGGACCAGGAGGAGAUGUUAGCCUCUAUAAGGAACUGCUUUGUCACUGGGAAAUGGGAAGGAGAUACAGAUGCUGCUACUUUACUUAAAGAGGACGAUGAACUAUAUGGAGAUUUUGAGGACUUGGAAACUGGAGAGGUUCACAGAGGAAGGUCUGGAAAAGGAGACGAGGAUGAGGAGCAGGAAGAUGAUGACGAAAAUAAUGAGGAAGAAGAUGAGGCUCAGAUAGUGAAGGUUGAUGAUGAAGAAGCUAAGAAAAACAAGCUCCUAGAGAAGAAGCGAAGACUAAAGGAGAGGUUCAACGCUGAGUAUGAUGAUGAUGCGACCUACUUCGAUGACCUCAAGGAAGAAAUGCAAAAACAGGCUGAGCUAAAUAGAGCAGAGUUUGAGGACAUGGAAGAUGAGGCUCGAGUUCAGUACGAGGGUUUUAGACCAGGCAUGUAUGUAAGGCUGGAGAUCCCUGCACUUCCAUGCGAGUUUGUUACUAACUUUGACCCUCACCAUCCAAUCAUCCUUGGUGCUUUGGGAGCCAGCGAGGGCAAUAUCGGCUAUCUGCAGAUGCGUUUGAAAAAGCAUCGCUGGUAUAACCGCAUUCUGAAGACCCGGGAUCCACUUAUCUUUUCUCUGGGCUGGAGGCGCUUCCAGACCAUUCCUCUGUACCACAUCGAAGACCACAACGGCCGCCACCGGCUGCUGAAAUACACUCCCGAACACAUGCACUGCGGUGCCUCAAUAUGGGGACCUAUUACACCACAGGGGACAGGUUUUUUGGCUUUUCAGAGCAUUGCAGGGACUCAGGCAAAUUUCCGCAUCGCAGCCACUGGAGUUGUCUUGGACCUGGAUAAAUCUGUGACCAUUGUGAAGAAGUUGAAACUGAUUGGGUACCCAUAUAAGAUUUUCAAGAACACCUGCUUUGUCCAGGGAAUGUUUAACACCGUGCUGGAGGUCGCCAAGUUCGAGGGUGCCUCUAUACGGACAGUCAGUGGGGUCAAAGGCCAGAUAAAAAAGGCUUUGCGUACACCACCUGGGGCAUUCAGAGCUACAUUUGAGGACAGACUGCUUAUGAGUGAUAUUGUGUUCCUGCGCUCCUGGUACCCUGUUUCAGUUCCUCAGCUUUAUAUCCCUGUGACAUCUUUACUCAUGCCUGUUGGUCAGAAGAACACAUGGACAGGCAUGAGGACACUUGGACAACUCAAACAUGACCUGGGAAUCAAAAACACACCCAACCAGGACUCUCUAUACAAGCCGAUCGAGAGACAAAUGCGGCACUUUAACCAACUGCACGUUCCUAAAGAGCUACAGAAGGCUUUGCCGUUCAAGAGCAAACCCAAACAGCAACAGGCCAAGGGUAAAACUCCCAGAGAUCUGAAGAGAGUCGCCGUGAUCCGGGAGCCACACGAGAGAAAGGUGGCAGCAUUGCUCAGCGCUCUGAGUACAGUCUACAGUCACAAGACUAAGAAGGCAAACGAGGAGCAGCACGUCAAGCACAAAGAAUUCCUGAAGCAGAGGGAAAAGCAGGAGUCAGAGAAGCUUAAAAGGCAGAAGGAAGAGAGAAAGAAAGUGUAUCGUGCUAUGGGGCAGAAGGAGAAGAAAAAACUUAAAACCAGUCUGAAAGGGGCUUCCAAGGAUAACUGAGCAACGUACUGUACCGGCUGCUGCUCGACUCUGGCUCAGAGCCCAUCGGACACUCUCGGUCUGGCUGUGUGUCUCUGACUCAGUCCUCAUGCCAGCUGUUCUGUUCAAUAAGACUGUAGUGUAGGGAUCUGCACAAUUACACCAGACAUGAACCUGGGGUUUGUGCUUAUUUGAGAAUUCUACCCCCAUAUGAGCAACUACCACCUGCCUGCGAGUGUUUUGGACAUUCUCCAAACGUGGAGUACUGAAUAGACUUGGUUUUUUUUUUAUAUGAUGCUUCAUAAUGUUGGUUUUAAUAAAACUAAUAUUUUGUCCUGAAA